AUGGAUGAAGUUAACUACGCCCUACAGGGGAAGGCCAUUGACAUUCUGUGCCUCAGUGAGACAUGGCUUACCGAUAACAUCGACAACAGUUUUCUCAUCUUCCCGGGCUACACCGUGCUGAGACGGGAUCGGCCUGCGCGACCCGGUCGCCGGAGGGGAGGUGGGGUCUGCAUCCUCGUUCGUGCCACGCUGCGCGCGGAGACUCUGACGGUGCCGGCGGGUGACUCCCAGCUGGAAUCGCUGUGGAUCAGCAUCCGCAGCACUACCACGGCUAUCGUCGGAGUACUCUACCGCCCUCCGAGCGCUCCGGUGGCGGCCGCUCUCGACGAUCUCCAGACUCAGCUGGCGCACGUCAUCAGCACCGGGAAGCCGAUUUUCGUGCUCGGUGAUACGAAUUUUGACAGCCUACAGCCCGACAAGCCCGACGUCCGCCGGUAUCUGCAGAUGCUCAGCGACCUGAACACGAAGCAGCUGGUGACCUGUCAGACUCGACCUGCGUCUGGGACCCUGCUCGAUCACGUCCUGGUGCGUGCCUCUGAUGACGUCACCACCGCCAGGGUCGAGCCGUGCAGCUGGUCGGACCACGACCUGGUGAUCGCCGAGACCACGCUGCAGCGGGAGCGCCGCCGUCCCGUCGAGGUCACGAUCAGAUCGACGCGGGACCUGGUGCCUGACGCUCUCUGCCUGGACCUGUUGGUCUCCGACUGGUCGGCUGUGUACGGAUCGGCUGAUCCCGCCGAUAAAUGGAGGGCGUGGCUCGCCGUGUGGUCGCCGGUCAUCGACAGGCACAUGCCGGAGAAGACUAUCAGGCCGAGACAUGCACCUGCACCAUGGCUCACCGACAGCGACGACCUGCGAGCUCUGAUGAGAGAGCGGGACCUGGCGGACAGGGAGAGGCGAGAGCGGCCGGCUGACGAGCUGGCGAGUCAGCGGUACCGGCUCUGCCGCAACCGCGUGAAGAGCGCUCAGCUCCACGCCAAGUCCGCCUUCUUCCUAUCGUCUUUCCGUCGGUCUCGGCGCACUACAUGGACGGACAUCAGACGGUUUCUCAUCUCACCUCGGACAGCAACACCAUCUACAUCAUCAGCUCCGAGCGGUACUGACUGGGCGGACAGCCUGAACCGAUACUUUGCCGCCGUCGGCCCGCGCGUGGCCGCCGCACUGGAGGAGGCGCAGCGCGUGGUGGCGCCACUGUCGCCCCGGCCGACCCGUGUAGUGAGCGGUGCCUUCCGUGUUCGCCCAGUGACGCUGCCUGAACUGUCGGCUGCCAUCCAGCGCAUGUCGACAUCGAGGGCGAGUGGCGAUGACGGGGUGACGAUCGGCAUGCUGCGCAUGACAUUCCCAGUGAUAGGACCGCACCUGCUGAACAUUAUUAACGCGUCCCUCGUGUCUGGUGAGCUCCCAGCCGAGUGGAAGGUUGCCCGUGUACUGCCGUUGCACAAGUCGGGGCCAGUAGACGACCCGUCUAACUACCGUCCGCUAUCGCUGCUGCCGACUGUCGCUAAGGUGGCGGAGAGUGUUGUGUGCGGUCAGCUCAUCGCCUACCUGCUUGCGCACGACAUUCUGACCGAGACGCAGCACGGGUUCCGGCCUGGCCGAUCCACGGAGUCGGCGAUGCUGGACACUGCCAGUUUUCUCAUGGAAGGCCUGGAUGGCGGCCUCAUAGGGUGUCUGACGACCGCUGACACCAGUAAGGCUUUUGACAGUGACCAGCAUCCCCGGCUCCUGGAAAAGCUGGGCUGCUGUCACAUGACGGGUCUGCAGCAGUGUCUCAGACCGCUCAACUCUCAGUAUAAGCGGACGUCUGGCGACGAGCCCUCACUCUCAGACGUGCUCAGUACUCACCCCGACCGGCCGGCCGCGCCCGUGUCAGCCCACCGCCGACGCGAGCCGCCCAGUUCAGCACCCCGCAUCUGA